UUGGCCGAACCGCUUGCGUCAUUCCAUCCAUCUAUCUCUUCACAGCUGCGUUCUCUCGGAUUUCUCAAUGAGUUCCUCCGCCGGCAAUCCCAAGGCUGCCGUCGUCACCGGCUACCCCGUCUCCGGAUCGAACGGUGCCCCUCCCCGGCGACCCUUCUACCCUCCUCCCGCCGACGCUCCUCCUUCCCGCUACGAAACCUUCUUCGAAAGGCGCCGCCGCCGCCGCUUAAUGGCCUUGGGGGUCGUCAUCUGCCUUGUCCUCUUCGCCGGUAUCAUCUUCAGUCUCAUCCCCGAUCCCCGCACGCCCGAGUUCGCCGUCUCUUCCGCUUGCGUCACUGGCUUCAACCUCUCCGCUCAACAGCAGCAGUUAUCCGCUUCCUUCGACCUCAACCUCACCGUCCACAGCCUCAACCGUGAUAUGCGCAUCUACUACGAGCACGUCACCGCCAGCGUGCUAUAUGCCUUCGACAUCUUGUCCGAAAACACUCUCGCACCCUUCUAUCAAGGGAAGGGCGAAACCACCGUUCUCAGAGUUCGAUUGGUGGCGCUCGGGGAGUACGUCAAUUCCAAUGUGGUGAGGGGGAUCGAGUCGGACCGUGGGCGAGGUGAUGGUGCGGUAGGAUUCAAUGUUAGGGUUUUAUCCUUGUAUAGAUUUCGAUCCUGGUUUCUGAGCACCAGCUGGUCCACCUUGAGUGUUUACUGCGAUGAUGUUCUGAUUGGGUUCGGGAAUGGUACGAAUGCGGCUACCACUGGUUAUCUGCUUGGCUCAGCACCAAAGAAGUGUUUGGCAAUCUCUGACUCUAGAAGGGACACGCCUAAUUGAACCCAACCUGGCUGGUCGUAUGGGCAAGCAUGCCUGAGGGAACUUUGGACCCAGAUUUUUCUUAAUUGGUUAUUCAUUUAUUAAAUUUAGUUAGCAUUUUCCUUAACCUCUUUUUUUUUAAGUUGCUGUUUAGAUGUUUUUUUGGGUUCUAAGGGCUAUAUAAACAUGCUUUAAUAAUG